UCCAUGAGAAAGCAGGAAGUACUGAGAGAGGAGGAGUUCAGCCUUGUUCAGGGGGCCAGUUCCCCCACCCAGAAGGUGAAGGUGCUCAUCGAUCUGCUGGCUGGGAAGGGCAGCCAGGGCUCCCAGGCUGGCCAGGACUUACUGCGCCACCUAGCUGCCCCUCUCAUCCCCUGUCCUAUCUCUGCAGAUUCUGGGAUGCAGAAGCACUUGGAGGCUCUGCUGAGCAAAUAUGGAGUCGGUGUGGACAUAGGCCUCCUGUCAGAGAAAGCUGCCUCAGAAAGAUUGACCAACUUACUGUUAGUGGAGGGCUUGACAGAUCUCCAACUGAAAGAGCAUGACUUCACCCAGAUUGAGGCCACUCGGGGCCAGAGGCAUGUGUCCAAAACAAUCCCCUUGGAGCGACUCUUCUUACCUCUCUCCAAAGUUUCUAUUUCUCCCCGGAUCUCUGUGACCGUUGGGGUAGCCGGCAUUGGCAAGACUACGCUGGUGACCACAUACGUCUCCAUGUGGGCCCGAGGGGAGAUCGGGAAGGACAUCUCUUUGGUGCUGCCUUUGAAUUUCCGGGAGCUCAACACUUAUGAGAAGCUGUCUGCAGAGAGACUUAUCCGCUCAGCCUUUCCCCACAUGGGUGAGACAGGGCCAACACACUCAGGUUCUGGACAGGUCCUGGUCAUUCUAGAUGGGCUGGAUGAAUUCAAAGUACCUUUGGAUUUUUCCAACGCGGUGGCUUGCACCGACCCCAAGAAAGAGAUCCCAGUGGACAACCUUGUCACUAACAUCAUCCGUGGGAACCUCUUUCCAGAAGUCGCAGUCUGGGUGACGUCCCGCCCAACAGCUGCCGGCCAGAUUCCAGGGGGGUUGGUGGACCGGAUGACUGAGAUCCGGGGAUUCAAUGAACUGGAGAUCCAGAGCUAUUUGAACCAGAUGUUUCCUGAUAGUCAUGAACUCCCCGGCCAAAUCCUAAGUCACAUCCAAGCCAACAAGGCCCUGUAUCUCAUGUGCACCAUCCCUUCCUUCUGCUGGCUAUGUGGGACAGUGCUGGGUUACCUGGUCAGGAGUGGAUUGGGGUGCCAAGCCUCGGAGUUGGUACCUCCAAGGACCCUCUCUGAGAUCUAUGCAUGGUACUUCAAGAUGGCCCUGUGUGGGGAGGGACAGGACAGGCCGAGGGAAAGCCCAAGGAUCGAGCAGGCCGUACACAGUGGCAGGAAGAUGAUGGGGACCUUGGGCCGACUGGCCUUCCAUGGCCUCCUCAGAAAGAAGUAUGUGUUUUAUGAACAGGACAUGAAAGCUUUCGGUGUUGACCUCCCCCUUUUACAGAGCAGCCUGUGCGGCCACUUCCUCAUACGGGAAGACACUGCCACGUCUUCUGCCUACUGCUUCAUCCACCUGGCCUUGCAAGAAUUUGCCGCUGCUGCUUAUUACUAUAGUGCAGCCAAGAGGGCAAUCUUUGACCUCUUCACCGAGGGCGGCAUGUCCUGGCCCAAGCUCGGCUUUCUCACCCACUUCAGGAAUGCUGCGCAGCGGGCGUUCCAGGAGGACAAUGGGCAGUUGGAUGUGUUUUUACGCUUCCUCUCAGGUCUCCUCUCCCCACAGGUCAAUUCCUUGCUGGCCGGCUGGUUCCUGGGGCGGGAUGAGCACAGCAGCUAUCGGGACCAGGCUGUGUCCCACCUGCAGGGCUACCUCAGGGCUGAUGCAUCUAUCUCCUCCCGCACUGUGAAUGUCCUACGGUGCCUGCAUGAACUGCAGCACACAGAGCUGGCCAGGGCUGUGGAGGAGGCCCUAGAGAGUGAGAGCCUGGCUGGGCUGCUGGAUCCCAUGCACCGCUCGGCUCUGGCCUACCUCUUGCAGGUCUCUGAGGUCUGUGCCCAGGAGACCAACCUUAGCAGGUGCCUCAACUAUGCCAUCCUCAAGAGCCUGCUGCCCCAGCUCCUCUACUGCAGGAAACUCAGGCUGGAGAACAACCAGUUACAAGACAGUGUGAUGGAGUUGUUGGGCAGCGUACUGAGCAACAAGGAUUGUCAUAUUCAGAAGAUCAGCCUGGCUGAGAAUCAGAUCCACAACAAAGGGGCCAAGGCUCUGGCCAGAUCCCUCCUGGUGAACAGAAGUCUGACUGCCCUGGAUCUUCGAAGCAAUUCCAUUGGACCUCAAGGGGCUAAGGCCCUGGCAGAUUCUUUGAAGAUUAACCGGGUCUUGGUGUCUCUGAGCCUCCAGAAUAAUGCCAUCAAGGAUGAUGGUGCCAAGUUCCUUGCAGAUGCCCUGAUGGUGAACCACAUGCUCUCCGUGUUGCACUUACAGAAGAAUGCCAUUGGGCCUCCUGGAGCCAAGCCGAUUGCAGAUGCCCUAAAGAAAAAUGGGAGCCUGAAGGAACUCAUGUUCUCUAGUAACAGUAUUGGGAAUGAUGGCUCCAAAGCUCUGGCAGAGGCACUGAAGGUGAACCAAGGCCUUAUCACCCUGGACCUUCAGAGCAAUUCCAUCAGUGAUGCUGGGGUGGCUGCCUUGACACGUGCUCUCUGCUCAAAUCAGACUCUCCUCAGCAUUAACCUCCGAGAAAACUCCAUCAGUCCAGAGGGAGCUCGCGAGAUCGCCAGUGCUCUGCGCAGCAACCAGGCCCUCCAGAAUCUGGACCUGACAGCCAACCUUCUCCAUGAUGAGGGCGCGCAGGCCAUCGCCGCGGCGGUGAAAGGCAAUCGAGUCCUCAGAACCCUCCACUUACAAUGGAACUUCAUCCAGGCCAAUGCUGCCAAGGCUCUGGGCCAAGCACUACAAUUCAACCAAAGCCUGACCAGCUUAGAUUUGCAGGAAAAUGCAAUUGGAGAUGAGGGAAUGAAGGCCCUUGCCAGGGCGCUGAAGAUGAACACAAGCCUCACAGCUCUCUAUCUUCAGGUGGCAUCUAUUGGUGUGCUUGGGGCCCAAGCCCUGGGUGAUGCCUUGGCUGUGAACAGGACCUUGGAAAUUUUGGACUUAAGAGGAAACUCCAUUGGGGCAGCUGGAGCUAAAGCCAUGGCUAAUGCCCUGAAGACAAACCCCAGUCUCCGGAUGCUCAAUCUUCAGGAGAACUCCUUAGGAAUGGAUGGAGCCAUCUGCAUCGCCACUGCACUGUCCAGCAACCAUGGACUCCAGCAUGUCAAUCUCCAGGGAAACCACAUUGGAGAAUCAGGUGCCAGGAUGAUCUCAGAAACCAUCAAGACAAAUGCCCCAGACUGUAUUGUUGAAAUGUGAGCCAUAAUUUCUGGUGGACUGAGCAGAACAGGGAAGAAACCAAGCAGGAAGUCUGAAUGCUAAGAUACUAUUUAAACAAGUGAUAGCCUGAAGGUCAGUGGCAUGGUAGUUCUAGAAGGAAGGAGCUUAUUGAGCCUCUGGAAGGAGUUUCAAAGAGAGGUCAUCAUCUACCUCCAGAAAUGAGCAUCAGUACAGGAAGAGCAAUGGUUGAUAACCUGCGUAAGCAGGGUAAAUUCUCCUAUGGAUGGACUCUGGAAUAGAGACCUCGUGAUGAAGGGUUCAGCCAAGGGAACAGAGGAAGGUGGUUGGCCAUGGGUAAAUAGCUGUUUAUAAGGCUCUUAAAAGUAUUAACCUGACAUGGGUAACAGAAGAAACAUUCCUUGAUUCUUCCACGCAACACACGUCUCUAAAGUCACAAUUCCUCAAGAAACAUGGAAAAACUGGGGAGUGGUGUGUUUUGAGAUGGUUUAAGUUGUGGGGUUCUGUGGAUGGAAAAGGUAAAAUGGUAUUUUUAUUUCUCCAAGUUUUCCACCACACCAGCACUAAACAAAUUAUACUUCAACAACAAACACGGGGUCCUAUGGACUGCAAACUCAGUAUGGUAGCAGUGUGAUGUGGCAACAGAAAAAAAAAAAAGCUGAUGUGAUUUUGUUCUGCCUUGUUAGCAGAACAACGGUGAUUUACUCUGGGCCAGAUAGUAUCUGGAGUGGUCAACCAAGUUCUUGGUGCCACAUUUUAUAAUGUACAUGGAUCAUCUAAAACAUGUCCAGAGCAGAGCAACCAGGAUGGUGAAGGUUAAAAAAAAAUACCUCUCAGGUCUUCUUUUGGGUCCAGAUCUGUGAUUUCAUCUUAGAGGAGAAACUCCUUCCACCCAUAUAGACCUGCAACUAACCCAUUUGUAACUUAAAGCCUUAGGGAGAGAGAGCCCUUCUGGAGGUCUUUCAGUGGCCUUAGAUAAUAUACUAGGUUCAUUGGUUUGGAGAAAUAACACCUCCAUUUUUGCUUUUUUGUUUCCAGAGCUCCGCAGGUAAACCACAGAUUGCUUUGUCACUAAACACUCCCUCAUUCCUCCUUUUAAAAUGUCAUAUCUAGAACAGGUGAAAGAAAAGGGGAUGUUUUGCUAGGAGAAGAUUUGGAGGGCUGUCUUCAUCCCAAAGUAGAUGGAUUCCAUUUGAUUCUGCUUGGCUCUGAAGGAUAGAACCUAGCACCAAUGAAUGAAAGCAUACAGGAAAAACCUGAGCAGAACAAAGAUACUUCCUCAUAAAUGAAGCUGUCUAAAAAACAGAAUGAGCUGCCUUAGUAUAGUGCAUUGUCUGUAAUUAUAGAGCUUUAAGAGGAGAAGACUAAUGCUCCAGGUAGGGACUGCAUUAAAUAAUCCCUAUUCUAGGAUUCUAUAAUUUUGCUCUAACACACUAUGGGAAUUCAUGAUGUAUUAUUAAGAUAUGAUGAUAUAAUGAAAAUCUGUUGGGCCUCAGUAGACCACAAAUGCCACUAGGAAACCUCUAUACCAAAAGGCAGAGGGUCUACCAAAAAACAUCAAUUCCCACAAAUGGUUGUGCUGCUGGAAGAAAAAUCAGAUAAGACACCACAGAUCUUAUCAAUCAAAUCAGUGAGAGUGCCUGUGUAUGAAGACUAUAAAAUGAUCUCAUUUUUAGUUUGAACAGGAAAUCAUUAGGGCUAGGAAAUUCCUUAUAGGUAAGUACAAAAAAAGUGCCAGCCUGCUCACACUUACUUCCCUAAUUGCAGCUUUCUCUGAAAGGACACUGGUAUUACAAGCAACAAGGUUCUUUUUUACAAUGAGAUUGGCAGAAAAUGUUACUUAGGUCUUCAAAGUGGGUAUCUUAGUUUAGUUUAGACACCAUGCUAUAGAAAUGUCAAACCUGGCCUGGAAACCAUAAUAUUCAGCCACCUCUUCUUUCCUCAACACGGCAUUCUUUUAAAAAAUUAUUUUAUUGAUAUAUUUUGUUUUACCGUAACAAUUCCAAAAAACAAUCCUAUCCAACCCUUAAAAACGGUUAAGCAAAAUUGCCUAACGUAGCUUCUGGGACUGACAGCACAAGUAACAUGUUUCUAUAAUUUACCAUUUCUUAACAAAAAGAAGAAAGUGCGCUCUAACAUCAGGCAUCUGGAAUCAACAGUGGUUAUGUUUCAUAUGAAUCUUUCAUAGUCCUCAUUCUUUACAGUGCAAAAGAUAUUUUAUUACGAUCGUAUAACAGUUUGUUUAUCCAUUCCCCAAGCG